AUGUGGGACUUCAGCUUCACAGGACGAGUCUUCGAUAUCGACGGGAAGAAGCUAAAGGUCUUGGAGCAACUCACUGAGUUCUUGGACUUCGAAUCGGGUCAACGCCGAGUCCUAACAAGGGUCAUAAACAUGGAAAACAAUCUACAGUCUCUUCUCAAAAUCCGUUACCAACUGGACCCAGAAGACUUUGAUUUCGAUGAUUCCGCAGAGGCUGAGUUAGCUGAGGAGUUGGCCGAGGAACAUUACUGCCACGAAGUUCAACUUACAGCACUCCUAGGUGAGCGUGGACUAGGACCAAAAUACUAUCACCACGAGACCCAAUUGCAGGAGGAGUGGAUGCCUUUUCCUGAUGGUUAUAUCGACUUUCUGGUUAUGCAGAUACCCCCGGGCGAAAAUGUGGAUGAAAUCCAAGAUGAGCUUACCGACCGACAGCUUGAAAGUAUCCGAACCCAACUCGCACAUAUCUUGGAGACUAUGCGCAAGAAUGGCUAUAAGCUGGUCCAGCAACAUGCUGGGUAUCUGAAUUACGAGGCUCAGACAAACAAGCUUUAUCUUGUUGACCUCGAUUGUCUUGGAUUUUCCGACCCAAAGAGUAGCAGAUCGUUUCCGAUCGAUGAGGAGAGCCCGUACGUGGAGGCGUUUAAUAUAUGGCGCACACCGUACAGUAAGCCUGAGCAAGACCAGAAGCCAGGCAUGCCGCCACCCGACCAACCCCCUAAGAAGGAGAAUCAGCGCCCACCAAAAACAUAG